UCCUACUCUUUCCACUGUGCUGUCCCACGCAAAGGCGGGUAUAAUUUUUCCUGCUGGGUUUUUGCGGAAGCCGAUUCUAAGUUGCAUUUCGCUGCGAGCUGGGCUGCAGAGGGUCUCUGAGCGGGAACCUCAUGCUUGCGAGAAAUACUGUGGCUGCCUUUGCGGGGAAAUCGUUUGCCGGCGACGUGUCCGCGAUUCUGCUGGGAAAGAUGUCUUGAGGAAGCCCUUCCCAGCCGAGACGUCGCAGUAAGACGAGUGGGUUUUUGUGCUGCCAAUGUUCGCCGCAGAAAGCCCCUGCAGGGAUAGCAGCCGCAGAGGCCCAGAGGCACUCUUCUCCACCCCCUCCUCCCUCCCGUGAAGCCGCCCCCGAUCCCGCGAGCAUGUCCAUCACCCUGAAGCAAGUCUUCAACAAGGACAGGACCUUCCGGCCGAAGCGCAAGUUCGAGCCAGGCACCCAGCGCUUCGAGCUGCACAAGAAGGCCCAGGCCUCCCUCAACUCGGGGGUCGACCUGAGAGCCGCGGUGCAGCUGCCCCACGGGGAGGACCUGAACGACUGGGUGGCCGUGCACGUGGUGGACUUCUUCAACCGCAUCAACCUGAUCUACGGCACCAUCUGCGAGUUCUGCACGGAGAAGACCUGCCCCGUGAUGUCGGGGGGUCCCAGGUACGAGUACCGGUGGCAGGACGACCACAAAUACAAGAAACCCACUGCCCUCCCAGCCCCGCAGUACAUGAACCUGCUCAUGGACUGGAUUGAGGUUCAGAUCAACAAUGAGGACAUCUUCCCCACGAGCAUAGGCAUCCCUUUUCCCAAGAACUUCAUCCAGAUCUGCAAGAAGAUCCUGUGCCGGCUCUUCAGGGUGUUCGUGCACGUCUACAUCCACCACUUCGACCGGAUCAUCGUCAUGGGCGCGGAGGCCCACGUCAACACCUGCUACAAGCACUUUUACUACUUUGUGACUGAGCUUCACCUCAUAGACCGCAAGGAGCUGGAGCCCUUGAAGGAAAUGACAUCAAGAAUGUGUCACUGAGGACACACUGCUGAAUGAACUAUGCACCUACAAGACACCAUCGUCUUGCAAAAUGGACACAAAAGUCUGAAUUGCAGCCUCCAUCUUUCUGUUUGUGCAGAUGGCAGUGGAGACUAUACAAAAACACCAGCAGCAGCGUUAAUGUAAGGCCUGAUGACAUUAGAGCCAAAGGAAGCUUGCCCAGUUCCUAAUUGUAGGACUUGUAAGCCUGAGAUGAGAGCAGUCUGUAAUCUACUGACCAAACCUUUUUCCUUGGAGACUGUUCUUUGAAUACAUUUCACUGAGGGAGGUUAGACAUGUACAUUCAUUAGUAAAGCAGCACCACCUACUGGAAAUAAAACAAAAGUAAUGCCAUACAGUAACCUACAAAUAAUGUAAAAUAUUUCCAAAUUGCUUCAAAAUGUAUUUAACUGUAGUCAACAUUUUGCCUUUGGUUCAGUCAUUCGUGUGACUGCAGUCUACUUGACAUUUUGAAGUCCAUUUCUCAUAGUGUAACUGGAAUGAAGCUGCUACAGUGGUGUGUUUAACAAUAAGACUUAGAACUUGUACAAAAUCAGACAUUCACUACAUUAUAGGCUUUCUGCGUAUUAACAGGAAAAUGCAACAAAUUAGAACUCUAUAGAAACCGAAAUUGCUGAAAAAAUGUUAAGAAUCUAUACAGUUAAAUGCAAAAAAUCUGAUGGAUGUGUGGUUACUAGAAUACAACUAAAAUCAGAGACGAAUAAUUUCUAUUCUAUAAGUAUUUUUGCAGCAUUAUUACAGCUUUACUAAUCAAAAAAUGGAAUGUUCUUGGAAAAAAUGUAUUUAAUUUAAUCUGCUACUCAGAGAAUGCAAUAGGAAAAAAUAUUGCAUUAUUUCCAAAACAAGAUAUUUCCAAGAAAACAGUGUCCUUUUAAAGAUUAUUUUAAAUUGUUUGGCAUAAAAUUAGGUAGUAGCAUUUUAUUUUUGUAAUGAUUUGAUAUUAAUUGAGGGAUUAAAUACUCUAUAUUUUGAUGAAUGAUGUAUAGUUUGACAGAGGACUUGAAGAUCUUUUUUGGCUAAAUAAGUGUUAUAACAAUGGAGGGAAACAAUAUAAUGUACAGUCCCCGAUUUAGGGGUUCAGUUCUGUAAAGCUGAAGUCAAAAGUUACUCUUAUGCAUUCAUAUACAUUUAGUGUGCAGGUACGCUGAAUUCUAGAAUUUGAAGGUAGAAGUUUUCUAUCAUAUCUUAUCCUAUUCUAUGCACCCUUUGUGUAACAUUAACAGUACCGUACGGUACCAUAGAAAAAGUCUGGUACAGUACAUCUGGUACAUACAGUAAACAUAAUGUUCAAAAAUAUAUAACAAUAAACAGUAUAUUAAUUUAUUCAUGUAGUAAUUUAUGUAACAAUGUUCUGUUAAAAAUACAUCUUAAAAACUGGCUUAACAUUGAACUUCAAAUGCCUUAAUUCCUAGAGCUGGCUUGCUCACGAGAAUGGGUGAAGGAGUUUGGUUCGAUGUUGGCUUGUUAGAUGGAGAGGGGGAGGAUGGACUACAGAAAUGUUGACAAUAUCCUCAACUUCAAACAUUGUAGAAGCUGAGACUGAAAGCAUGAGGGUCCAUCUUCUUGAGGCAUGGCAAAGAGGAGUUGAUUUCUAAUUUCUUGGGUGUGAAAAUAUUUCAGCUCCCCGACAACGUCUGGAUCUUCAGAGCUCUCCUCUGUUACUUUCUGCACCACCAGCACUGUCACGUAUUGCUUCACACGUUCUUUAGUGUGUGAGUCGAAGGACCUUUUUAAUGCCUCCGACCUCUGUUUCAGUUCAUAGUGAAAAGCCAGCCUGAUGAUUUCACUGGUCGCUUUGUUGAUCAAAGCCACCUCAGACCCCUUGGAACUGUUAAAAAAACUUCACCUUGACCUCUUCCCAGGCUGCUGCCAUGGUUUUUAUGGCAACAUACUGUAGUCCUUCAAGGUUGUCCCAUGCUCCCCUUGUGUGGUAGCCAUAGCUUGAGCACAUGUCCUGCAUAAAUAUUAUACUUUGAAUGCUACCUCUCCCCUUAUCCAUAGGUUAUAACAGUUUGGUUGUAAGUGUGAAAAUUAUUCAGGGGUUGAUCAGGAGCAUGGUCAAGCACCAAGCAGGAUUUUGAAGGGCAUGCCUCUUGCUUGGCAAUACACCUUCAACUGAGAGACCAGGUGGUGCCAGAACCAGUCCUCGAAAAUGGAAAUGGUAACCCAGGCCUUUGAGCUGGAUUUCCAUGUCACAGGUAGAGAGGACUUACAAAUAAAGGCAUAAGGACGUACUGGCACAGCGCACAAGCAGAAGUUAUAACUUCUCUAUCUACUAACAGUAACAGAGUAAGAGGAUCUUUAGCCUUCCUUAAAACCUGGCAUUGCCUUUUUUUCUUUUGCAAGGUCUGUACUAUAUAUUCAGGCAUUCUUUUGCAAAAUAAGUUACUUAAUAGUACAUCCACAUUAAACGUGUGCUGGCCAAUACACACCCUCCUUGAUUAACUCAGACAGUAUAUUAAACCUUUAUACUCAGCUGCUUCACCACUCACUGACAUAAUCUGCAAAUUGGUGUGAGCCUUUAACCAUGGUAUGGCCAAACCACCUAUGACAUCUUCUCUCUGUUUCACUGUUUUUUGCCUGUGAGUCUUCAUAAAGACUUGUCACCUUGUCUUGGAUUGUCGUGAAGUUUUUCAGUACACACUGUUGAUUUUGACCGCAUUCUUAACAAUUUUUCCAUCUCAUAAUUUAUGGUCAACGACAAGAGCAUGCAAUAUGGAUGUUAGCGAUUACUCCGCAAUAUCACAUUUUUGUUUUGGAAGUUGAUUGAACUAAAUGGAAUUAAAUUAAACUAAAUGCUUUUUGUUACUGUUUGAAGAUGGUUCUGUCAGUUGUAUACUGGUCAUGGAAUGAAAGUUCAAAUGUCUGUACAUGGUGAUUGUUCUGCUUUCUCACCAGCAGUUAAUUAGAAUUUGUUCAACAUCUAAAUUUAGUAUACAAUGCCUGUAUACUGACCUGCUGUCACUUGCACUGCCAUUAUUAGAGGAGAUUCUAUGAGCAUAAUUCUAUGCCUAUAGUGCAAAUCUAAUGAUCACAUCCCAUUCACUCAUAUACUAUAUUCUGGAAUGUAGCCCUCUAAUUUCUUUUACCCAUAGUAAAACCGGAGAAAUCAUGCCGAUCAACAAGCGAAACAAACUUGCAUUUCACAUUCAUGCAUAAUCAUUGCAAGAAAGAUGAGAAAAACUUAAAUAAAGUGCUAUUCAGUGAAGUCAUUAGUUCACAAAAUUUCUCUUUAAAGCUGUGUUUUGUCUAAAUUUUAUUUACAUCCACGUAAAUCCAUCCAUCAUCCCACUCAUCAUUCACAUACUUUAGCAAGAAAGCCUACAAUCAUCAAAUGAGUUACGCAAACUAGAAAACUCUUGUUGUAACUAAUAGCCAUGUCCUGCACGCUGCUGCAUCUCAGCCUCCGAGAGUGGGAAUGAAUGAUGUUGUGCAAAGGCAUUGUGCAAACCCGCCUUUAUUAGAAAAAGUUAAUAGACUGUUAGAUUUUUUUAGUUUGUGUUACAGGUAGUUGUGUUUAAUUCCACAGACUUGUCUUUUUGUAGUCAGAUGAAUCUGUGUUUUUAAAAUAUUUUUACUGCUUUUAUACAAUACUCUGUCAGGUUGUUCUUUAUAUCUGCUCUUCACAUUCUCCUAAGAAAACUGGUGGCUUUUUUAUGGAAAAGCACACCUCUGUACAAUAAUUAUGCAAAUAGGAUAAUCCUGUACAUUUAAAUGAAAAAAAAAAAUACUGAACUGUGUCAAACAAAUACUGAAGUGUUUUGACAAAGAUGUAGAGAUUCUUUCCUUCAUAAUUUCAUUGUAUGAAAAUACAAAUAAACCUUUUCAUGAUUCCAUGUAACCAUCAUACAAUUAAAUAAUAAAGCUUAACAUGAUUUAUUUAAAA